ACUGCACAUGCGCAGCUCAGGGAGCACACAGUGUGGCGAUCGGCAGUGCGCUGUGUCCCUCGAAGAUGUCGGCUCGGUCAUGUGAUCAGCUGUGUCCAAUCACAGCUGAUCACAUGGGACAUGUACACUGAUCAUCAGGGCACUGAUGAUCAGUGUGCCCUGAUGAUCAGUGUAGCCCCAGCAGUGCCACCUGUCAGUGUCCAUCAGUGCCUUAUGUCAGUGCUCAUCAGUGCCUUGUGCCAGUGCCCAUCAGUGCCACAUAUCAGUGCCUACCAGUGCACAUCAAUGCCACAUAUCAGUGCCCAUCUGAGCUGCCUUUCAGUGUCACCCAUCACUGCCAGUCAGUGCCACCUAUCAAUGCCAGUCAGUGCCACCUAUCAGUGCUGCCAAUCAGUGCCACCUAUUAGUGCCAACCAGUGCCAGUCAGUGCUGGCUAUCAGUGCGCAUCAGUGCCGCCUAUCAGUGCCUGUCAGU